AUGCCUGGCGACAAGUUGGAUGCCAUGGAUUUCGGCGGCCCCAUUGCGAACACCGACAGCUUUCUGAGGAGUUUCCAAGUGAAUUGCCUGAAACAUUUGGCUGUGAAUUGCCCGUUUCCAGCUGACAGUGAUCAGCAACAUCAUCCAAGUGUAGCAACAUUUGUGCUUCAAAGGAUCCAGUUGUAUUUCUUCACGGACGCGGCGACCGCGAAAGACGUGGUACUUUUGCCCGCGCUCUGCCAUGAUUUGAUUCUUUUCUCCAUCGCUUUGCAGCUGUUGCUCAUCGCGCUGAUCAUUUGCUACCUUUUUUUCAAGGCUGUGCGCCAAUGGCUUGCAAGCAUUUCGCGCGCAAAAUGCGCUGCCCGUGAGGAGGAGGCAGCGGAUCCGGAGCCGAAGCCAAAGUUCCGGGUGGCGCUGCCACCACCUUGCAAAUGCUUGCGGUGGGCCGUGAAGUGGGAUCCUGACAUCAGGAACAUGAUCAAUUGUCUCAAGGAAGAGGGUGAAGAAGCCCUCAUCCCGUUCUUCGAAUGCGAGGUUUUCGUCUACAAGUUACGGAAGAUUGUCCGAAACAUGGUCUCCGUGGGCGAUCGCAUGCGCAUUAAGCACGAGGUGCUGCAGAUGCGGCAGCGCGAGAUACUCAAUGAGAGAACGGCGCAGAAGACGGCUGAGCAGGAGAUGCAAGACCGACGGGCGCUACUAGAGCUCUUCCAGCAGGCAGAUGAACCAGCAGAGGCUGCUCAGGCGCCCCCAGAGGCACCACAGCCAGCUGAGAUAGAAGCGGAACCAGCGCAGCAAGCUCCCCAACACGAGGAGGCGGAAGACGCAGAAGCUGCACCGCUAGCUCCUCCCGAGGGAGAAGCACCGGAUGACUUCCUGAAGAUGCUCAUUGCCACAUCGCAGAAGAAGCCGACAGACCCGCAGAUGACGGCCGAGGAUGCUGCAGCACUGGCCUCAAUGAUGGCAGAG